UGGUGUUCAAGUUCUUCCUUUAACAAGAUGGCGGCGGGAAGCAGUGGCGGUGGCGGCAGGCACGGCUCGAAAAAUGAGGCCAAUUCCGGCUUCCUGGGGCUGCGGCCCACUUCGGUGGACCCGGCGCUGAGGCGGCGGCGGCGAGGCCCAAGAAAUAAGAAGCGGGGCUGGCGGCGGCUCGCUCAGGAGCCGCUGGGACUGGAGGUCGACCAGUUCCUGGAGGACGUGCGGCUGCAGGAGCGCACGAGCGGUGGCUUGAUAUCAGAGGCGCCCGAUGAAAAACUCUUCUUCGUGGACACAGGCUGCAAGAAUAAAGAGCUGAGUAAGAAGAGGACCAAAGGCCAGAAGAAGUCACUGCUUCUUAAGAAACCCCUUCGGGUUGACCUCAUCCUAGAGAACACAUCCAAGGUCCCAGUCCCCAAAGACGUCCUUGCCCACCAGGUCCCCAACGCCAAGAAGCUCAAGCGGAAGGAGCAGCUAUGGGAGAGGCUGGCGAAGCAGGGCGAGCUGCCCCGGGAGGUGCGCAGGGCGCAGUCCCGGCUCCUCAACCCUCCCGCAGCCAGAGUCAAGCCCGGGCCGCAGGACACCAUCGAGCGGCCCUUCUACGACCUCUGGGCCAAAGACAACCCUCUGGACCGGCCCUUGGAAGGUCAGGAUGAAUUUUUCCUGGAGCAGACGAAGAAGAAAGGAGUAAAGCGGCCGCAGCAUCUCCAUACCAAGCCCUCCCAAGCGCCUGCUGUGGAGGCAGCACCUGCGGGAGCCUCCUACAACCCAUCCUUUGAGGACCACCAGACCCUGCUCUGGGCAGCCCAUGAGGUGGAGCUGCAGCGACAGAAGGAGGCAAAGAAGCUGGAGCGGCAGCUGGCCCCGCCCGCCACAGAGCAGGCUGCUACCCAGGAGUCCACUUUCCGGGAGAUGUGCCAGGGACUGCUGGAGGAGUCGGACGGGGAGGAGGAGCCGGGGCCGGGUGAGGGCCAGGACGAGGGGCUGGAGACUGGAGGAGACCCAGCCGCUGGAGCAGAGGCCUCACCCUCUGCUGUCCGCCUGGCCUCCUCGGAGAAGAAGACAGAGCAGCAGCGGCGGCGGGAGAAGGCCGCCCGGAUGCUGAGGGUACAGCAGGCCCAGGUGCGGGCUGCCCGGCUCCAGCACCAGGAGCUCUUCAGGCUGGGGCGGCUGAAGUAUCGGGACCCUGACAUUGACGUGCAGCUCAGCUCUGAGCUGUCUGACUCGCUGAGGACCCUGAAGCCCGAGGGCAGCGUCCUCCGUGACCGCUUCAAGAGCUUCCAGAGGAGAAACAUGAUCGAGCCAAGGGAGCGAGCCAAAUUCAAGCGCAAGUACAAAGUGAAGCUGGUGGAGAGGCGGGCGUUCCGCGAGGUCCAGUGA